AUGUCUCUUUCUCUCUCUCCAGCCAUCCAUAUGCCCUCUACCCCUCCACAAACCUGUGCGAGAUGCCGCAAACCCAAGCCCGCAGAAGCCUUCAAAAGCCUGAACUCAACCAAAGCUCCGCUGCUCAAGACUUGUCUUCCCUGUCGAAUGUAUUUCCGGAAACAUUAUUCUUCCAAAACUGGCCUACCUCGUUCUCCCCGGCAAAGUGUCCAUCCCCAGGAAGACCAGGAAAAACGACAGCGCCAUGGCACCGAUGAUUCGGCCCUCGGACCUCGCCCCUCCCCAUCUGGUCCGUUUGAUUGGGGAAAGAAUGAUUCUGAGAAUCAGUAUCUCGUUUCCCAAUCCCAAGUGCAACCAGGCCCAGAGCGUAACUCUGAUUCGUCUCGCGCGGCGCAAUCAGAGCAAGCCAAUUCCAUUGUCAACCAAGUUGGAGAUCCAUCUUUGUCUCUUUUUCAUCUUCCCCAGAUUGACCCUGACCGCUCGUGCCCUAUUGACGGCUGUACAUCUUGUUUCAUAUACUCCAUACGCGUAUAA